GUGCGCGGGGGCCGCGUUCUGGCCCCGGAGAAGCUGUUUUUCGAGGAGCGGCGUGUGGCCGACGAACAGCGGGACGCCGGGGGCCGCAUCCUCGCGCCCGGCUUCAUCGACGUGCAGAUCAACGGUGGAUUUGGUGUUGACUUCUCCCUGGUCACGGAGGACGUGGGUUCAGGGGUUGCCCUGGUGGCCCAGAGGCUCCUGUCGCACGGUGUCACCUCCUUCUGCCCCACCCUGGUUACUUCCCCACAUGAGGUGUAUCACAAGGUCCUUCCUCAGAUCCCCGUGAAGAGUGGUGGUCCCCAUGGGGCAGGGGUCCUCGGGGUGCACCUGGAGGGGCCGUUCAUCAGCCAGGAGAAGCGGGGUGCACACCCAGAGGCCCACCUCCGCUCCUUUGAGGCCAAUGGCUUCGACGAUGUGCUGGCCACCUACGGGUCCCUGGACAACGUGCGCAUCGUGACGUUGGCCCCAGAGCUGCACCGCAGCCACGAGGUGAUCGAGGAGCUGACGGCUCGUGGCAUCUGUGUGUCCCUAGGGCACUCGGUGGCCGACUUGAGGGCCGCGGAGGGAGCCGUGCAGCGCGGGGCCACCUUCAUCACCCACCUCUUCAACGCCAUGCUGCCUUUCCACCACCGUGACCCAGGCAUCGUGGGGCUCCUGACCAGUGACCAGCUGCCCCCAGGCCGCUGCAUCUUCUAUGGAAUGAUUGCAGAUGGCAUGCAUACCAACCCUGCCGCCCUGCGCAUUGCCCACCGGGCCCAUCCCCAGGGACUGGUGCUGGUCACCGAUGCAGUCCCUGCCCUGGGCCUGGGCAACGGCCGUCACACGCUAGGACAGCAGGAGGUGGAGGUGGAUGGGCUGACGGCCUAUGUAGCAGGCACUAAGACACUGUGCGGCAGCAUUGCUCCGAUGGACGUCUGUGUCCGCCAUUUCCUGCAGGCCACAGGCUGCAGCGUGGAGUCGGCUCUGGAGGCUGCUUCCCUGCACCCUGCCCAGCUGCUGGGGCUGGAGACACACAAGGGGACCUUGGACUUCGGUGCCGAUGCAGACUUCAUAGUGCUCGACGACACGCUACAUGUCUGGGCCACCUACAUCUCCGGGGAGCUGGUGUGGCAGGCCAAGGAAGCCGGACAGUGACUGGGGCCUGGCUGGAGAGGAUGCCCAGCCAGCUGAACACUCAGGCCGACGGUUGGAGGAGCUGGUCUCCAGGAUUAAGAGAGCCCUGCCCUUGGCGGACGCCCUUGGCCUCCCGAAGCCCUCUUGGGGCAGGAGGCCUGGAUAAACGUGUGCCCAACAGGCUC